GGCCGGACGCCAGCAUGGCGGCCGCGGGGGCCGCAGCUACGGACUUAGAGGUGAUGCGGGGGAAACGCGCUGCCCUCUACUUCGCGGCCGUGGCCAUCGUGCUGGGGCUGCCGCUCUGGUGGAAAACCACGGAGACGUACCGGGCCCCGCUGCCCUACGCGCAGAUCAGUGGGCUGAAUGCCCUGCAGCUCCGGCUCAUGGUGCCCGUGACUGUCGUGUUUACCCGGGAGUCGGUGCCCCUGGAUGACCAGGAGAAGCUGCCCUUCACUGUGGUUCACGAGCGAGAGAUCCCACUGAAGUACAAAAUGAAGAUUAAAUGCCGUUUUCAAAAGGCGUACCGCCGGGCUCUGGACCACGAGGAGGAGGCCCUGUCGCUGAGCAGCGUGCAAGAGGCAGAAGCCAUGUUAGCUGAGCCACAGCAGCAACUGGAGGGGUCCCUGACUGUGUACAUCAUCUCUGAACACUCCUCUCUCCUCCCGAAGGACAUGAUGAGCUACAUUGGGCCCACAAGGACAGCCGUCAUACGGGGGCUGAUGCACCGGGAGGCCUUUAACAUCAUCGGCCGCCGCAUCAUCCAGGUAGCCCAGGCCAUGUCUCUGACUGAGGACGUGCUUGCUGCUGCCCUGGCCGACCACCUUCCCGAAGACAAGUGGAGCUCUGACAAGAGACGGCCUCUCAAGUCCAGCUUGGGCUAUGAGAUCACCUUCAGUUUGCUCAACCCAGACCCCAAGUCCCAUGACGUCACCUGGGACAUCGAGGGGGCCGUCCAGCGCUACGUGCAGCCUUUCCUGAAGGCCCUCAGUGUGGCCGGCAACUUCUCUGUGGAUUCUCAGAUCCUGUACUACGCAGCCCUGGGCGUCAACCCUCGCUUUGACCCAGCCUCCUCCAGCUACCACCUGGCUGCUCACAGCCUCCCCCACGUCAUCAAUCCUGUGGAGGCCCGCCUGGGAUCCAGCGCGACUUCCUUGUACCCUGUACUCAACUUCCUGCUCUACGUGCCUGAGCUCGCCCACUCCCCACUGUACAUCCAGGACAAGGACGGGGCUCCCGCAGCUACCAACGCCUUCCACAGCCCCCGCUGGGGGGGCAUUAUGGUGUACAAUGUGGAUCCCAAAGCCUACAAUGCCUCGGGGCUGCCAGUAAGAGUCGAGGUGGACAUGGUGCGAGUGAUGGAGGUGUUCCUGGCCCAGUUGCGGCUGCUCUUCGGGAUUGGUCAGCCUCAUGUGCCCCCAAAGUGCCUGCUGUCUGGGCCGAAGAGUGUAGGGCUCAUGAGUUGGGAGCUGGACCGGCUGCUCUGGGCCCGGUCAGUGGAAAACCUGGCCACGGCCACCACCACCCUCACGUCCCUGGCCCAGCUUCUGGACAAGAUCAGCAACAUUGUCAUCAAGGACGAUGUGGCGUCUGAGGUGUACAGGGCAGUAGCUGCAGUUCAAAAGGCAGCCGAAGAGCUGGCCACUGGACACCUAGCCUCUGCCUUCCUCGCCAGCCAGGAAGCUGUGACGUCCUCGGAGCGCGCCUUUUUUGACCCCUCGCUCCUCCACCUCCUCUAUUUCCCUGAUGACCAGAAGUUUGCCAUCUACAUCCCACUCUUCCUGCCCAUGGCCGUGCCCAUCCUCCUGUCCCUGGUCAGGAUCUUCCUGGAGACCCGCAAGUCCUGGACGAAGUCUGAGAAGACGGACUAAGUAGGGCACAGCCUCUCCGGGAGGCCCCCUCCUUGUGGGCUGGGCCGGGUGGGAGGGGUUAGACUGCCAGGCACAUGACGAUUGGGUGUGGGGAGGGACUGCCAGAAUGACUCUCUCCAGCCACCUCUGUCACUGCUCAGGAACCAAAGGGCCACCCUCCAAGCUGCAUCCAUGUUCCUUUCCCCUCAGGUCAGGUCAUCCUGCCUCCCCCUCUCACCUUCUGUUGAGCCUAAGUGGCUGGCAUCAUCUGGGGCUCCGGAUCUGGCUUGAACUUGAAAGGCUCCAGACAUGGGCAGGGGCAGCUUGUACUUCUACCCUGUUCUCAAGGUAGUGCACUCUUACAGGGAAAGCCCUGGGGGAUCUUGCCACCCCCUAUCCCCACAUCGUUUUUCUCUAACCCCUCACGGAGAGAGAGCCCCAGCCCUGCUUGGCCGGAAAGGGCCAGGCACAGAUCACCUCAGGGGCUCCUCCCUUACUCUUCUUCUUCCUUGCUGGCCACACCAGGAGUCCAGAAGGCUCCUGGCGGGUGGCAGAGGCUUGGGCAGCGUGGUACAGUGGGGAGAGUCCUGGGCUGGCCAUCCAACAGGCCUGGACUCCUUGCUCCUGCACUGAUCAUCUGGUGAGCGUGCUCAGUUGCUAAGAUGGCACUACAGCGUACCCUCCCUUCCCGAGGUGGUUGUGAAGAUUAGAUGGACAAAGCACGUGUAAGAGUGUCUGGCACAGACGAGACUUUCAAUAAACUUUGGUUGACUAUGAAUUGAA